CAGACUCAACCACAAUCAGACACAAUUUCAGCAUAUCAUCAUCAUGGCUGACGCUCAAUUUGACAGUGCGCUGGACCUGCUCCGGCGCCUCAACCCCCGCGAUACGAAGCAAAACCUCCAGGCAAUCACCUCCAUUGUCCCCGAUCUGACCGAGGACCUCCUCUCUUCUGUUGAUCAGCCCCUAGAGAUCCGCAAGUGCCCCAAGACAGACCGCGACUACCUCCUCUGUGACUACAACCGCGACGGAGAUAGCUACCGGUCGCCCUGGAGCAAUGAAUUCGACCCCCCGCUGGAAGAUGGAACCGUGCCCAGUGAGAGAGUGAGAAAGCUCGAGGUUGCCGCCAACGAGGCAUUCGAUGUCUACCGUGAGCUGUACUACGAGGGUGGAGUAGGCAGCGUGUACUUUUGGGACUUGGACGACGGAUUCGCCGGUGUUAUAUUGUUGAAGAAGGGAGUUACGCCAGGUGCUAAAAGCUCUGGAGAAUGGGACAGUAUCCACGUCUUCGAGGCUACUGACAGAGCGCGCAUGUCCCACUACAAGCUGACUAGCACCGUCAUCCUGCACUUGGCUAAUGAAUCCGAGUCCCUGGGUGAGAUGGACCUGAGCGGUAACAUGACCCGUCAGGUGGAGGUGGAUCUGCCCGUCGAGUCGGAUGCGAGCCACGUCGCCAAUGUUGGUCGGCUUGUUGAGGACAUGGAGUUGAAGAUGAGGAACUUACUGCAGGAGGUAUACUUCGGCAAGGCUAAGGAUGUUGUGGGUGAACUUCGGAGUCUCCCCUCCUUGUCCGAGUCGAACAGAGAUCGGGCUACCCACCUGGAGAUGAUCCGGUCUAUGCACAGCUAGUCGUCUGUUUGUCAGUUAAGGAAGCCAUUAUAGCGUCGUUUUAGAGGCUGUUAUUCAUUUACAUUUGUUGUAUGUACUUCGAGCUCAAGGUUCCUGGGGAUCCCAAUAUUACUCGUAU